ACCUCGCUCGAGGUACGCAAACGCGACGUUUGUUUACCGCAGCAAAACGUAGCAGGCUAACGCAGUGUAUCGCAGACUAGAAACUACCCUUCUGAAAAGGGGUUGUCUUUUUUGAAAAAAAUGUUCAUUUAAUUCUCUAAAAAGUUUGAUACUCGCUGGAACAAACGUGUGUGCAUCAGUAUUAAAUGGAAGGUAUUAAUACCGAACUGUUUAUUGACGCGGUACGCAAACGUACUUUGCUGUGGGACUCCUCCUCCACCGAGUUUAGGGACAGGACGGCACGCGCUCGCAAAUGGGAAGAAAUUGCUCAACUAAUGAUUCCAAACAUACACUGCAUGGAUCCUGUGGAAAGAACUGAUAUAAUCGUGGAGUUACAGAAAAAAUGGAAACACAUAAGAGAUGCCUACAUCCGUUCCCUUCGAUUGCGAGCAACACCUCAGGGAAAAAAUAUGCGACCCUAUGUAUACGAGAAGAAGCUCGAUUUUUUGAAGAUAUCUUCAUGGAAAUCAUCAAGCGAAUUUGAAUCACCUCGUAAUGGGGAGGACACGCUUUUUGACGAUGAGACAAAUGAUGUUAAGCAAGAGUAUUGCUCCGAAGACGACGAUGACAUAGUAGUUCCGGUACAAAAAAUGCCAGAAAAACUGACCCUAGCCACCUUUGGGGUCCCAGCAUCACCCCCCGCCAACGUUAUUCUGGAUCGGGUAGAAUCAGAUCUGUGCUCUUUUGGGGGUGGCGAAUCAGACGAUAUGCUGUUUUUCCGUUCGUUGUUGCCCCUGUUGGAGACUCUCCCGCUGCGACAGAAAGUUAAGUUUCGCAUGGAUGUCAUGAGAACAGCACUGCAGUAUUCGGAAAAUGCAUCCUCAUCAGUCAUUGAAACACCACCAUCCGAAAAUAUUCACGGAAGCCGAAAGCGUGUCGGAAACUCACAUGAUCACAGCCAUCCCAAAAAGCGCAAACAGGUAGGAACGAAAAAAGCGGCUCUACUAGAAAAGUGUUUGAGGUAUACGAGUAAAUAAUUGAGACUGGGAUUAUCUUGACGUUUGGUAUUUAAUAAUGCUUCACAUUGACGAAUGUAAUUUAAACGAAUAACAAAUGGUGAUACGAUUAAAA